GUGCAGACGAGUGCCGGCUGAGAGUUCCGUGCGCAGACAGAAUGGUGCAGCACAUGGACCACGGCGAGACGGACGGGAGCAUGUCCAGAGAGGCUACCGACUCGGAGGAGAGCGAGUUCAUGGCAUGCAGCCCUGUGGCAAUCAAUCCCAACUGGUGCAAGACGGCCAACGGACACAUUAAAAGACCCAUGAACGCCUUUAUGGUCUGGUCUAAGAUUGAACGGAGAAAGAUAAUGGAGCAGUCACCUGAUAUGCACAACGCAGAGAUUUCCAAGCGGCUGGGAAAGCGAUGGAAGAUGCUUAAGGACACCGAAAAAAUUCCGUUUAUUCGUGAGGCGGAGAGGCUGCGGCUAAAACACAUGGCAGAUUAUCCAGACUAUAAAUACAGACCCAAGAAGAAGCCGAAGCAGGAAAACUCCAAGAGUUUGGCUCCCUCUCCAGAGAAGUGCGGCAAACUAUCUAAGGUCAAUAUCAAGAAGUGCGCUAAACUAAAAACUAAUAAGGGCCCAAAUAAGCACGCACACGGAUACGAUGACUGUGUAUUCCCCACUUACAAAGUUCAAGUGAAAAGUGAACCUUCAGACGAGGAAGACGAAGACUCCGAGGAUGAGUAUUACGCGCGCGACGAAGAGCGCACUAAACCUUACCUUGUUGCCAAAGUACCCGCGAGCCCAACUUUAAGCUCUUCAGCGGAGUCCGAGGGCACAAGCAUGUACGAAGAGGUAAGGAGCAGCAGCAGCAGACUGUUUUAUAACAUCAAGAAUAUCACCAAGCAGCAGCACGCGCCCUCCAGGUCUGCGUCUACCUCCUCUUCCUCAUCUUUCUCCUCUUCUUCCUCAUCCUCUUCUGCGGGGGACAGGGAUGAGCUGCUGUUUGACUUAUGCUUGGGCUCAGGCUCAGAGAUGGGGAACCCCAAUUCAGGAAACCUCUCCCUGUCUCUUGUGGAUAAGGACUUGGACUCGUACAGCGAGGGCAGCAUGGGCUCGCAUUUCGAGUUCCCGGAUUAUUGCACCCCGGAACUGAGUGAAAUGAUUGCAGGGGACUGGUUAGAGACAAACUUUUCUGACCUGGUCUUCACAUACUAAAGGGGUUGUGAACAUCUGGAGCAGUGGACUGUGGUCAGACAGAGUGAACUACUCAUCACUGGCACUGUUGUAUUUAUUAAUAAUAAAUAAAAAAUGUUUAUUAUUGAAUGAUAGAAUUGGAUCUAAGUCAGUUCUAAUUCAGGCACCUCAUAAAACUGAUUCAGAUUUUGGAUUACCUUGUUGGCAGAGACCCCUGAAGUGGCUGCAGACCUCAGCUUCCACUGUCUUCAGUGUAUAUCUUUACUAUACUCCACUG